AUGGUCUUUACGGAGCGGACAACAAUCCCUGGCAAUCUGAUACGUGAGGUGACGUGGCAGAACGGCAUCAAAGUCCGCUUGGUAGGUAGCAUGGUGCGCAGGAGAAACUAUAAAGAGCAGCAAUUAAAUCACAGUACUACCGUUGAUAUAUUUUGUGCAGCGGAUCACCCAUACCAUUUCAAUAUUAUUUUGCUGAGGGUGAUAUUGCACGCACCUGAGGCGUGGCCACUGACGAAGACAGAAAAGCAAAAUGUUAGCUCUGACAAAAGGAGCGACGGAAUACCAGAUGUUUGA